AUGGGUGUGUUAAAAAAGACCACGGGACUUGUGGGUGUAGCAGUCGCUGCAAAUCCUCACCACACGCUUAGUUCGUUGUAUGGAAAAAUAUUGAGAACACUGCAGAGAAUGCCUCCAAAUGCGGCAUAUAGAAAAUAUACGGAACAAAUAGUACGUGAAAGAGCAGCAGUAUUGCAGCAGACAAAAGAUGCUUAUGAGUUAGAAUCUAAAAUAAACUGUGGACAAGCCGAAGAGCUCAUAAUACAAGCUGAAAAUGAACUAAAUCUGGCACGGAAGAUGUUGAAUUGGAAGCCUUGGGAUCCUCUUAUAGCCAAGCCACCAAGUGGCCAAUGGGACUGGCCUCCAACAAAGGCU